AUGCACUUUAUUUUCCACACCGAACUCUACAUGCAAAUCUUCGAGACGCCUGUAGCUCCACGCUCAAGCACCGCAACCAUGUCUAACGCCGCAGAAAUGCACUCCAGCUCCGACUCUGAGGCAAUCGCCGUGCCUAAGAAAGAAAAGCGCCAGAAGAAGGACAAGAAGGAGAAGAAGCGCAAAGCUGAAGUGGUGAAGGAGGAAGAAAGCAGCGAUGUUGAGGUAGAAGAUGAAGACAAGAAGGCCUCCAAAAAGCGCAAACGUGAAAUUCUCCCCGAUGAAAUCGAAAUCGACGUCUCCCUCCCCGAACCCGCCUCCAAGAAAGCCGCCCGCAAAGCUAAAAAAGCGAAAACCGCACCUGCCACCACAUCCACCGACGCCGCCGACGGCUCGGACGAGAAGACAGAAAACAACGAACAAAAGCGCUCCGACUUCAGCGUCUGGAUCGGCAAUCUUCCCUGGUCUGCCACAAAAGAGUCUCUCCGCACUUUUUUGACCGAAAAUGCAGAAAUCAAGGACGAGGAGAUCACAAGAAUACACAUGCCAGCCCCUAAAGCACCGCCGCGACCGAACUGGACAGACGCAAAGCCCCAAAACAAGGGCUUCGCGUACGUCGAUUUCUCCACGCAAUUGGCUAUGUACAGCGCCAUCGCCUUGACAGAAACGCGCAUGGACCGUCGCCCGCUCCUCAUCAAGAACUCCAAGAACUUCGAGGGGCGGCCGGAUAAGCCUAAGCAGGAACAAGUCGAUGGAGACGCCGCAGGGAGAGAAGCACAUGGCAAGCGAGAGAAAGCCCCGAGCAAGAAAAUUUUCGUGGGGAAUCUGGGCUUUGAGACAACAAAAGAAGACCUCACAGCGCAUUUCGCGCCGUGCGGGGCGGUCGAGAAUAUUCACAUGGCCACUUUCGAAGACACUGGGAAGUGUAAGGGUUUUGCUUGGGUCACAUUCGAGGAGCUGGAUGGCGCUACCGCGGCAGUAAAGGGAUAUGUGUACAAGAAAGACCCUACGUCCAAGAAGUCACAGACCAACGACGAGGAGGAAGAGGAACAAGGAGACGAGAAGUCGAAGAAGCGCAAGUUCAGACUCAACAAGCUCCUCGGACGCGACUUGCGCUGCGAAUUUGCAGAGGACUCCACUACACGAUACCAGAAGCGCUUUGGCAAGGAAAAGUCUGAGGAUGGUGCUGGUGAAGGCGAUGGCGGCUUCCAGCAGAGGGGCUUUGGAAGACAGCAGAGAGGCGGGAAGCCUUUUACUCCGAGGAACAACUUCCAGGAGCGCAAGGUGGAUCCGCGAACCAUCGCGCCCGGCAGUGCUCAUAUGAAUGCCCCCAGGGCAUCUGCUGCCAUUGUGAAGAGUGAGGGGAAGAAGACCACUUUUGACUAG